UGUCACAAAGCUUGGGCGGCCCGCAGGCGCUGCUGCUGCUGGUGGCGACCACAAGCACAAUGAGCAGUGGGGCGGAGGCAUUGAGACGCAACUUCAAUGCGCGCCAGACGAGCAUCAAUUCAAACAUACCUCUGUGGAAGCAGCGCGCCUGCGAGACGCCGCAGAAGAACAAGAUGAAUUCGCACUACAUCUGUGACGAGAAGGGGGAUGUGAAGUGCUUGCCCGGCUGGCAGGGCGAUCUCUGCCAGGUCCCCAUGUGCCGGCGUGGCUGUGAUCCGAUGAAUGGCUACUGCCAGCGUCCCGGAGAGUGCCGCUGUCGGAUCGGGUACACUGGCGAGCAGUGCGACAAGUGCAUACCCCUACCCGGCUGCCAGCACGGCAUCUGCAACAAACCCUUCGAGUGCAUCUGCAAGCCCGGCUGGGCUGGUCUCUUCUGCACCGAACCGAGCUGCCGCAGUGGUUGCCACAACACACGGGGAUACUGCGAGUCGCCGGGCGAGUGCCGCUGCCGUCUCGGUUGGGCGGGCAGAAGCUGCAGCGAGUGCGCAACGAUGCCGGGCUGCAAGGAGGGGACGUGCAACAAGCCGCUCGAGUGCAACUGCAAGCCCGGCUACACGGGUCUGCUCUGCCAGACAGCGCUCUGCGCCUCUGACUGCAGCAAGCAGCACGGCUAUUGUCGCAGGCCGGGCGAAUGUCGUUGCAAAGUGGGCUGGACGGGCACGCAGUGUGACAAGUGCUUCCCCUAUCCCGGCUGCGUCAACGGCGACUGUGAGUCGCCCUGGGAGUGUAACUGUCGUCCUGGCUGGGGCGGCAUGCUUUGCGACGAAGAGCUGCGGUAUUGUGCUGAUAAUCCGGGCACCUGCGACAACAAUGGCAAGUGCAUCUCGCUGAGCAGCGAGGAUGGCAGCUAUCGUUGCCACUGCCGGCAGGGCUAUCUGGGCAAGAACUGUGAGAUACUUGACGAGUUUCUGCUGACCUCAGUGGCGCCACCCCGUAUUACGCCCCCACCACUUGAGCUGAGCGCAGGUGCGCCUGAUGACAGCGCAAUUGCUAAGUUGCCAGCAAAUGGAACAAACGACGCCACAACAGCAACUACAACAACAUCGACAUCAUCGACAACAACAACAGCAACAACAGCAAGAACAACAACAAUGGCUGGUAUAACAACAAGGACGAGAACGGAAACAGCAGCCGCCACACGUGGUGGCAACCACAAUGCGACUAAUGAAGCGUUAAGCGACAUUGCAGCUGCUGAUGAGGCAACGACAGUGGCAACAACAGCAACAGCAUCAGCAACAACACCAAAAAUAAUGAGAGCUGGCAGCAACAAUGCAACAAGUGGGCCACCAUCGCCAUCAGUGGCCAUCGCCUCACAGUUCAGUGCACAUGAGCAGCUGACGGCGGCGCCAGUCAACGCUGAUAAUAACGAUAAUAAUGGGGACAAAGAUGGUAAUGACGACGAUGAUGAUGAUGAUGAUGACGACGAGGACGAGGAUGAGGAUGAUUAUGAGGAGGCGGAUGGUGAUUAUGAGGAUGAGGAGGAUGACAAUGAUCAAAUCAUACCAAAUAUUAUUUGAGCAACGGGCUGACAA